AAUGGACUGAUGACGUAUAUUUCAGUGGACAGGUUUCGUUUUCUACGAAGGGGAGAUGAGCUGUUUCUAGUUGUUUCAAAGUAUUUACAUUUUAUUUACACAAUGCCGAAAGUAGUGUCUCGGAGUGUUGUUUGUUCGGACACUCGAGAUCGGGAGGAAUACGACGAUGGAGAAAAACCACUUCAUGUUUACUACUGUCUUUGUGGUCAGAUGGUGCUGGUUUUAGACUGCCAGAUGGAAAAACUUCCAAUGAGGCCAAGGGACAAAGCAAGAGUGAUCGAUGCUACUAAACAUGCUCACAAAUUCUGCAAUGUGGAAGAUGAUGAAAAUGUGUAUCUGAAGAGACCAGAAGGAAUUGAACGGCAGUAUCGAAAAAAAUGUGGAAAGUGUGGCCUCCUUCUCUUUUAUCAACACCAACUGAAGAAUACGCCUGUCACAUUCAUUGUUGAUGGUGCGGUGGUGAAGUUUGGCCAGGGAUUUGGGAACACCAGUGUGUACAGCCAGAAGCAGGAGGCUCCGAAAAAAGUCAGGGUAAUGAUGACAAAACGAACAAAAGAUAUGGGGAAGUUUAGCUCUGUUACGGUCUCUACCAUUGAUGAAGAGGAAGAGGAGAUUGAAGCGAGAGAAGUUGCUGAUUCGUAUGCCCAGAAUGCUAAAGUGAUUGAGAAGCAGCUAGAAAGAAAAGGGAUGAGCAAGAAAAGACUGCAAGAGCUGGCUGAGCUGGAGGCAAAGAAGGCGAAAAUGAAAGGGACACUUAUUGACAAUCAGUUUAAGUAAAUUUAACUAAUAAAUGAAGUGUAAAGUUACAUAUUUGGCUUGAUUCUCUCUCUCCUCUGCUGGUCAUGUUAGAUCCUCCCCCAAUUACCACAGUUUAUAUUUCAUUUUUGUGUGCAGAGCUGUAAUCUGAAAUGUUUGUACAGCUACAAAGUUUUUCUAUCCUUGUUUUUAAUAAACUGCCUGUGUUCUAACUUU